AUGGCACCUCUCGUGUUUGUCGUUGGCGGAACAGGAGCCCAGGGCAUUCCCGUCGUCCGCGGUCUCGUCAAGGAUGGCGCCUAUUCGGUGCGAUUCUUGACCAGAGACGCAAACUCGGCCAGAUCGAAGCUGCUCCUCUCCCUGGGAAACGUUGAAGCUCUCGAGGGCAGCUUCGCGAGCGAGGCCGAUCUCCGCAAGGGAUUUCGCGGUGCCCAGUAUGCCUUUGUGAACAUUGAUGGGUUCAACAGCGGCGAGAAGACUGAGAUGUUCUGGGCUAUUCGAUCAUACGAGCUUGCGCUGGAAGAAGGCAUCAAGUUUUUCGUGUAUGGCAACCUGGAUUACGUGUACAAGAAGAGCGGAUUUGAUCCCAAGUUCAGAACCGGCCAUUAUGAUGGAAAGGGCCGCAUCGCCGAAUGGAUCCUCCAGCAAAACAAGGAGCCCGAGAUUGCCAAGCGGAUGGGCGCCGCAAUCUUCACCACCGGCCCCUACAUCCAAAUGGCGCUCGGCAGGGGCACGCCAAUGUCUCCCGUGGUCGAAGACGGAGUGGUUACUUGGAAGGUGCCUCUUGGGCAAGGCGCCGUGGCUCACGUUGAUCUCGACGACUGCGAGUACUAUGUUCGCUGGCUGUUUGACCACCAAUAUCGCUCCAACGGCCUGGAUCUCGAAGUCGCCAUUGAGCUUGUGGAUUACCACGAAAUGGCCAAGGCGUUCACAGGGGUCACCGGCCAUCCUGCAAAGUAUGUUGACGUCGACUUGGAUACGUACUGGACAUCAGGGCCCUUCGGCUCCGGGCAGACUGCUGCCGGCUACAACGCUGAUCUCUCAGACCCGAGCACAAUGAACAUUCGAGACAACUUUACCGGGUUCUGGAACAUGUGGAAGUACACACGCACGGGGAACCGCGGUGUCAUCAAGCGUGACUUUGCCCUGCUGGACGAGAUUCACCCCAAUCGCAUCAAGUCCGUUGAAGAGUGGUUUGUGCGAGAGGAGAAGAAGAGCAAGGAGCAGGGCUUGCCCGGCGUCUGGGAGCGAGCUACCAACCUGAAGCCCGUCUUGAAGAUCGCAGAAGAUGGACGAAAGGGUCGUCUAUAG